AUGAGACGGAGAUUUGCGGAAAUCGUCCAAAGACGUAUAUUUGUAAAAAACAGGAAUGUGUUAUUCAUACAUAUACAAAGGAACUAUGUGAAUGUACCUAGAUUGAACACAUUGAAGGAUAUGGAUAUGUAUGCUAUUAGGAAAAAUGUAGAAUUGUGUAAAAAAAAAAAUGUAAAAAUCAAAGACGUGUGGAAUAAUUUUUUAUACAUACUUAUACUAAAAUUGUGUAAUAACGAAAUGCAUAAUUAUGUUGACUUUAUGAUCAUAUUAAAACUUUUGAGUAAAUAUAUUUCUUUAGACAAAAGGGUUAUGGUUUUUAUAUGUGAGAAAUUAGAACAAGAUAUGUACAAAUUGAGCAUAAGAGAAUUAAAUUUACUACUAUUAAUAUUAAGAAAAAAUAAUUUUGAUAGUUCAUAUUUUAUUAAUUUAAUAUGUAAAUCUAUUUUAAUGAAAAUUAAUAAAAAUGUAUCUUAUAAAGAUUUAGCUCUAAUAUCAUUUAGUUUGUCAAGUAAUACUACUAUAUUAGAUGAAAAGGUAUUUACGAAUGAAAUUUUUAACUUCACUAUUUUAAAAAUUUACAACGAUUUAAAAAACAUAAAUUAUCAUACCUUGUCUUUGUUUUUUUAUUCAUUCAGUUUAUAUUUUAUUAACAAUUUUGAUUAUUUUAAUUCUUUUUUUUAUAUGAUCAAAAAUUUUAUUAAAAAUAUAAAAAGAAAUAUGGACUCUUUCAAUUCCACUGACUUAAUGUUUACCUUUAUUUCAUCCAUGCACAUUUACAAUUCUUUUAGAACUAAUUCUACUAGUGUAACAAGUGUUAGUAAAUCAAGCUCGUUAUAUGUAGAAAAAAAUGCACACAUUACUCCACCUUCAUUAAACGGAUAUUUAAAUAAUAUACCUGCACAUGCUAGUUGUCGAAGAGUUACGAGGGAAGGGGGGGAUACUCUGAAUAAGGGCAAGUCUAAAGUACAGUUAACCAAAUUAGAAAAAAGGUUUGACUCUAAUAAUGGUGCAGAGGAGGGAAAGUUAAGCACUAUUUCGAAUUUAGUAAAAGAGGAUUCUGGUAAGUACAGGAGGGCUGCUCAUCGUGGUAUGUACUCGUCAAUAAAGGAGGAAAGUACAGAAAAUUUUAACUUACCCAUUGAACCAAUAGACAGUGUUGAGAAACAGUGUCAAAAUGAUUUAAAAAAAAAAGAAUUUAUUUUAGAGGAUCUAAUUGAUAGCAUUAAAAUAGUAAUUGCAGAAAAAUUGAAAUGCUUCAAGGUGGAAGAAGCAGUAAACAUUCUGUUUGCAUCGUUAUGUAGAAACUUUACCUUCAACAAAAAGUAUUUUAACAUUUUCAAUAAACAUAGAAUAAACGUACAAGAUUAUAUUAAUGUGUGCAUAAAAACUGAGUACAAAAAGUGUAUGGAGGAGGAGCAGGAAGACGAAAAAGAAGAAGAAAAACUCGAUUACAUUUUAAAAAUUAAUACCACGAACAACAAUUUGCACAAUGAUGAAACUUUUAUUAACAUAGUGAUGGAAGAAAUAAUUUAUCGAAAUGAUUGUUUAAGUAUAAAACAAAUAAUUUUAUUGCUUUAUUUAUUAAGUAACUCAAAUGUGAUGUAUCUACAAUUUGAAAAAAUAAUACUUAAGAGAUUAGCAUGCAUGGAAAAGGAAUUAAAUAAAAAAGAAAUUAUGUUCAUAUAUCAAUUUUUAUAUUUAAGGACAUGUUUAUUUCCGGAGCUAAAAAAAUAUUCCUUAAAAAUUUAUGAACAGGACAGUAACAAAACGGUCGUUAUAUGUAAUAUAAAUAAAGAUACAAAAAAAAGCAGUGUACGUAUAAGUAACGAAUAUGCAAAGGAAACUACCAUUUUUAACGAUAAAAAAAAUUACGAGAAUAAUAAUGUUUAUUAUAUGCAUGAUGAUGUAUUAUAUUUGAAAAAAAAAAGAAAAAGAGAUAAGAAUAAAAUUUUUUUGUAUGACAAUUUUAUUUUCAAAUAUCCUGCACAAGUCAGAAUAAAUGAAAAAAGUGACAAUUUUGAAAAUGUGCGAAAUUUGAACUGUUUUAUAGAUAUUAAAAGGAGAAGAGAAGAAAUGGAUGAUCAUGUCUUUUCAAAAAAUAGAAAAUUAAUAAAUGAAGAGAAAUGUAACGAGUUCAAGAUAAGUGCAGAUAAAAAAUGUAAUUCUAUUCAAACUCAAAGUAGUAGUAUCUCUUGCACGCAUAAUAGUAAGUCUACUUCUGUGGCUAGUAAUAUUACGAAAACCAUCCCAUGCAGUAACAUUGGUGAAAGUCCUAACAUUUUUGCGUUUGGAAAAAAAGUUUUUCCAUCCUACAACGUCAUUGAUGAGUAUAGAAUUAACUGCUACAAUUUGCAGUUGGAUGUUUACAAAAUUGUUUGUUUAAAAUUAUUGGACUGGUUAAGGAAUGAAAAAUUAGCUAGCUGUACUACUAUUAUUGAUAUAUUAUGUAUUUAUGAAAAAUUAAAUGUAAGAGAUUAUAGAAUUAUAAGAUAUAUGUAUACUUUAAAAAAAAAAAUUUUAUACUUAGACAAUAAAUAUAUAAUAAAAAUUAUGAACAUAAUUUUAAAAUUUAAUUUAUAUAGCAUAUUACAAUAUUUGAAUAUAGAUAAAUUUCUUAAGUUUAUGACUUUCAAUUCAUUGGAUGAAAGUAUAGAAAUUUUGAAUUUAGUUGGUAUGUUAUCAGUUAUUUAUGGUAAAAAUUCAUAUCAUAAUUUUCCUGCAUUCAAUAUAGAAAAUAUUAUUAUUUACAUUUUGAAAAAUUUCAAAAAGUUAAUUAUCACCAAGCAGUUAAAAAGAGCAAAUAUAACAAAUGUGUAUAACAGUUUGCCUCUUAAAUUGUACAAAUUGUUUAAAAAUGUGCAAUGUAUGGAGGAUGAUGCAGUGAAACGAACAUGUGCUCGUUAUGAUGCCAUUGGUGCUUAUAAUUAUGAUGGUUAUCAAAUCGCUAGUUUUGAGGAAAAAAGUGACCUUGUCUGGUCAGGUAAAAACAUGAAAAAUUUUUGCAUUUAUAAUGUGGAUGAUGUGAAUUUGAAGGAAGUGAAAAUUAAACCAUCUACAUAUACAAUGGGAAGUGUACGAAACAACAUUGAGGUGAACAGUUACAUAUAUGAAUAUAGAGAUGUCGAAGAUGAGCUGUAUGAAGACCUGUUGUUAAUGUUUGGUAAAAAUGUAGAAAUUUAUAAAGACAUAAAUAUUUCAAAUUAUGCAUUUCCAAUGGCCAUUAAUUUGUUAACAUUAAAUCAUCAUCAGGGAGAAGGAAAUAAUCAUAGCUUAAUUCGUAUGAACAUGUGCAGCAACGGAUGGAGCAACGAGUGUAUUAUCGAAAGGAGCAACCAAUGUAACAGAGAAUGGAGCCGCGGACAUAACAGUAAACAUGGUCAUGAUAAAACGUUAGAACUGAAUAAAAAAAAUUUCCUUCUUGUUGACAUAUUGUAUAGCCAUGAUUUUUAUUACUCAUUGAAUGAGGCAAAACAAAAUAAAUUAAAGAAAAGGCAUGUAUACGUGUGCUAUUUUGGUAGUCACGUAAAUAAAAUGAACAAGAGAAUAAUUAAUUAUAAAAAAUAUACCAUACUAAGAUUAAUCAAAAAGAGAGGAUACAAUUACAUUUGCAUUGAUGCAAAAACGUAUGUGAAAAAUAAAAAAAAUAAAAAAAGUGACAAUAGCUUAAAUAAAAUUUAUAUAAGUAAUUUAAUACUCGAUUUAUUAGAAAGGAAAAAAAGAACAAAUGUAUUAUACCGAAAAGGGGGUAGAAGUAAAAGCAGCAUUGUUGAAGCACAUACUAAUAAAUUACUAGUCUAUCAUUUGAAAAAUAAAACAAGUGCAUUUGCUGCGAUAAAAAAUUAUAGACUCAAAAGUGCCAACACUUCCUUGUUUAUAAGGCGAAAUAAAAAUGAAAGUAAAACAUAUGCACAGGGAAAAACUUUAUACACUGAUGGAGACACAGAAAAAAAGAGAGCAAAAGAAAAGCCCCCGUCUAACCACUUGACCAAGUUAAAGCAUAUGUUUCAGUCUGUUUAA